AUGUUUCUUCAGCGCAGCGAUCUCAGUCCUGCCACCUCCCUAAGCAAUAAACCCACUGCCCAUUGUGGGGUUGGGAUAACGGUUAAAUUAUGGCUGUUACAAAACACGUACAGAGUACAGACAUUUCUACUCGAAACAUCUGAAGAUUUCUAUGAUUGA